AUGGCGACAACUGAGGACUAUGGCUUCUUGCGGCCUCCCAGCAAUGACGAAUAUGAGCCCGUUUAUCGCAAUCCCUCCUCCUACCAUCCUCUCCAUACCUUUCGACUGCCGAUGGGCAGCGACCGACACUACCAGCAGCAAUAUGGCGACAUGUACUUCCUGCGUCUCGCGAGGCUAAAGCCUGCCGUGGAACAAGUUGCGACGGCUGCAUGGGGAGAACUCACAAUCGCUGGAGAGCAUGCGCGACGCGUGGACCGAGUGCUCGAUGUACGACAGGGUGAGCUCUGUUGGAUGACCGGAACGGUAUACAUGGACAUGCCAUUGAAGCCCAAUAUUCUGGAUGACUUGACAAAAGAGAACUUCACGUCCGCACCUCCUCCCCGCCGAACCUAUGCCGACCCGUCCGAUCCGUCAGCGACACAGAUAAUGAUGGAAGAUGAAUCUGGCCGUGUUCUCUUAACUGGCAACCUCCUCUCAUCGACGCAGCUGGCCACAGGUGCCAUUAUCGCUGCUCUGGGAACGGAGACUUCUAAUGGGGAGUUUGAAGUUAUCGACAUCAAGGUUCCUGAUCUAGCAAGACAACCUCAACGAUGGGAACGAGGGGAGGCCGCUUCCGCAGAUUCAAAGAAGGAUGACAAAGAGGCGUCAAAUGGACAAGGAAAGAUCGCGUUCGUCAGCGGGCUAGGUAUCACGGGCUCAUCAAGUGAUACGCUCGCCUUGGAGCUUCUUACAGAUUAUCUUCUUGGAUACACGGGCAUCGAUGGUAGCGAGGACGCGUCAAAAAUCACCCGGCUCAUCAUUGCAGGAAACUCACUCGGCGCCAGUGUUACUGCGGAGGCAGCAUCAGCGGGGACUGACAACGCAGCCAAGAAGAAGCUGGCACCCAAGAAGUACGGCUAUGAUGCCUCUGCAUACAACUCAUCGCCUAUCACUCAGCUCGAUAACUUCCUAGCAGAGAUCUUGCCCAGCAUCCCGGUAACACUUAUGCCCGGCGAGCAAGAUCCGGCGAACGUCUCUCUCCCACAGCAAGGCAUCCAUCGUGCCAUGUUGCCGCGGGCUAGGGCAUACUGUGCGCCUCCACCUUCGGGCGACAACAAGGAAGAAGACGUGGGAUGGUUCGACAGCGUUACAAAUCCCUGGGAAGGCGAUGUAGAAGGAUGGCGGCUUUGGGGAUGCAGUGGCCAGAAUGUGGAUGAUGUUCUUCGGUACUUGGACUUCCCUGCCGAUGAUAGCGGUCCCAGCAUCGAACGAGAUGAUUCCGAGGCUCGCCUACGGAUCAUGGAGGCCAUGCUCCGAUGGCGAUGCAGUGUCCCUACGGCCCCCGAUACAAUUUGGUCAUACCCUUUCCAAACAGUCGACCCAUUCGUUCUUGAAACCUGCCCACACAUCUUCUUCACGGGUAAUCAGCCUUCCUUCAAGACUACGGUGAUUGAGGCUGUUGUCCCCCCCCGACUGGAUGGCGACACCGACAUGACAGAUUCUGCCGGCGAGUCGUCUGCUACUAGUGUACGGUUGCUGUCAAUUCCUAAGUUUAGGGACACCGGUGAGUUGAUUUUGGUCGACACCGAGAGCCUGGAGGUCGAGGUGAUCCGAUUUGGUACUUUUGCGGGCCAGGAAGAGAAAAAGUAG